AUGUUAAUUGCAGUGAUUCAUAUUGCACUGCUUCUCGUGCCACAAGUAUGCAGUGAGACAACGACUUCUGGCGGAUCGGCUAGAAGCGGCGAAUUCGGUCUCUUUCGCAGCCGUGACAAUACAACUACAGGUGAAGCAGAAAAGUAUGCAAUGGCCAAUCCGAGGUUACAGUGCAUUGGAGUCAUGCGCGGCCUCCUCCUCACAGCUGGGGUCCACCUGGAGCCGCGUGUCAUGGCCAUCGGUCAGUGUCCGCCAGAAGCACCGCCCACUUUAGCAACCCUCUGUUCCACCGACAUCCCUGUAUUUCCUCCAGAGGUGGAAUCCGUCAGUAAACUGCAAAAUCAACUCCUAUCAAAACUUAAGACCGGAAACAAACGAAACUUAGGCAUGCAUUUAAACCUAGCUAUUCGGAAAGUCUCUCCGGUUGUCGACUCUAAAUCGAAUGAUAUAUACGCAAAUAUAUAUUGCGCACAGUGUCAUAAUGUUUCUUCCACCAAACAGAUAAAACGCCUUCCAAAACGACUACUUUGUGACAAUCAGGAGGAUGCUAUUAAAUGUUUCGUCCAGGCUGAAAUGCCGAAAAAUGUAAGCUUCUGUGACUCAUACGCAUUAGUUCUACGAUCCUUCUUCACCUGGGACUCCAUAUUCACGCUUCCAGAAGAAGAUGAAGCGGAUACAGAGAGGUCCUCUACAAAAUCUGUUUUUGAGUUGAUUCAAUGGAUCUGCUGCUCCCUCUCAAUGAUCGCACUGGUUAUCGCCAUCUACUUAUUUGCCAGCUCGGCGCGAUUGAGGAGACCGCUCCCAGGCAAAAUGAUGAUCGCGCUCUGCUGCACACUGUUCAGUGCGCUGGUAGCCUUCCUCCUCGCCAGUGGCGUCAUGGACUUCCUCAGUGCGCCUCUCCGACCAAUGUGCGUUAUCUUCGCCUGCCUCCUCCAGCUCCUCCUUCUUGCCGCUUUCGUUUGGAUGGCAAUUUUUGCCACGGAAUUAUUACGUACCUUCGGCCUUACUCGAGUGUUCCAGCAUGCUUUUCUGUGUUACUGCUGCAGGAAAGUGAGAGACAGAAACACCAAAGCAAUGGGUAUGAUGCUUCGCGCGCGUGGGUCAGAUCCUAACUCCAACAGCCGUUUCAAGCAUCAAAUAAUUGUAGCAAUUAUACUUCCUCUCUGUUGCACCAUCCCCACUUUGAUCAUCAACGAAUACGCCUACCGCCGUCUGAAACCGUUGUACGAUACCAGUGCUAAUAGCAAUUGGUCCCUCAGUUCUCAAGAGGCGGAACUUGGGUCUGCUUUAUACCGCCUCAAUCCUGGCUUCUGUCCCGUCAAUAAUCCGAACUACGCCUGGUUUAAGGGGCAUCACGUAGGCCUUUUGGUCUGGUUUCUUAUACCCUCAGGAGUCACGAUCUUCUUUAAUCUCUUUGCCCUCAUUAUUGUGUGCAUUCAAAUCUGCCUACUAAAACGGGAGACAGGACUGUCACCGAGCACUGCAAGCCCACAGAUCGACGCACACACGAAGCCCUCCAAGUCUAUCGUCGCAGUAUGCACGAAACUGGCGGUCAUUCUGGGCGCCAGUUGGUCUAUCCAACUUCUCGCGGGCCUGAGUCCCCAACUGGAGCUGCUGAGGCAGUUGGCGGGUCUAGUGAACAGCGCUCAGGGCGGCAUAAUCGCGGUCUCGAUGCUAGCGAGCUCGAAGGCUCGGCGCGUGAUGGCGCAGAGGCUCCCCGCAAAGUGCUGCAAGGCCCUUGGCGUCAGCGAGUCUGCUUCAUUCAGCACCCAGGAAAUGACCACCUCCGCCAAAUCCAGGUCACGACUCGCGGGCCAAAUCAACUCGCAGACUACCAGCCUUCUCCAAAGUGUUGGCUCCUGA